UACAGAUGACAAUAAAAAUAAAUAAUUAGCAAUAAACCUAGUGAGCUAUCGGGCAAUAUAAAUUUUAUACACAUGCAAUAAUCAACAAGUAAAAAAGUUUUUUUUUAAUCAAUUUCUUAAUGAACUGAUGGUGGUUUAGGAAUUUUAAUGUGACUUUUUCUUCAUUGUAGUUAUAUAGUUUCAAUUUCAGUUACCUUUUUUAUUUAAAAAAUCAAAUGCAUAUUUGAUACUCUUUAAUGGGAAAAACGUAUUUAAAAAUUUGCCAUGACGAAUCGGGUAGAUCUAGGUAAAAGCCAGGAAUUAGAUAAUCGCCCACAAAAAAAAAGUAGGCUGUAGACCGUGUAGCAAGGAAAGGCAGGCCUCGAACUUUCGACAUACAAGUUCUAGCUAAAAAUUAGCAUGUUUGGCAUUGAGAUGGAAAAUCGGCACUUGCCUAUAAAUGUAGCUAAAUAAUGUUUAUAUAACGUCAAAAGUAAGAAUAGGGCUAAAUCUAGAUCUAAACGACGACAUAAACAAAGCUUAUCAUGGAUCUUGAUCUGCAACUAUUUCUAGGAUGCCUUGUAUUUCUAUUUUUGGUUUUAGUUUAUAAGUAUGCCAAGCGUCCAUUCAAAUUGUGGAAGCAAUUAGGUGUUAAUGGUCCUGAGCCUAGGCUGAUAUUUGGUAACAUCCAUGAGAUACAUAGGCCAGAGGGAGCCAGACUUGCUUAUUCUAAAUGGCAAUCUCAGUAUGGUCGCAGAUAUGGAGUCUACUAUUUUAGAAAACCUGCACUGGUAAUAACAGAUCCAGAAUGGAUAAAACAUAUCUUAGUGAAGGAUUUUAAUAACUUUAGGGAUCGCAUGGCAUAUGAUGAUAAUAUUCUUUUGAACAAAGAAGCACUUACUGGUCUUUUCUUUGCUAAUGGUGAUGUUUGGAAACGUAUACGAGGCAUCAUGACUCCAUCAUUUAGCAUCAGCAAGAUCAAGUCAAUGGCUGCUAUUGUGAACAGAAGCGCUGCAAGGCUGGGUGAGCAUGUCUUGAAGUUGGCUGAGGAAGGAACACCCUGGGAAGCCAAGCUGUACUGCGGUGCCUUCACAUUAGAUGUAGUGACUGGAACAGGCUUUAGUAUUGAUGUCGACUCUGUCAAGAAUUUAAAUGAACCUUUUACCAGACAUGGACGAAGUCUGUUUGUUUUUAAAUGGUGGGUGCAACUGCAAGCUAUUCUGGUUCUGUCUUGUCCUGAGGUAAUGUCUCACAUUGUUCGAUGGUUUGAGAUUACUUUCUUCAAAAGUGAUGAUAUGAAAUUUUUCGACCGAAACAUCAAACAUAUGAUUAACCAAAGGAAAGAGGAUAAAGAAAAAAGAAAUGACAUUCUUCAAAAUUUAAUGGAAGCAGAAAGUGAUGUAGUUCUUCAGGGAGGGUCUGGCAAAUUGACGUCAGAGGAGCUUGUGGCACAGGGCAUAAUGCUUUUUAUUGCUGGCUAUGAGACUGCAUCAAGCACCUUACAGUUUUUACUGUAUGAAUUAGCAACUCACAAAGAAGUCAUGGAGAAAAUCAUUGCAGAAAUUGAUGAUGUCAUUGGUGAUCAAGAACCAACCUAUGACUUGUGUCAAAACUUAAAUUACACAGAGGCAGCUAUCAACGAAACUUUAAGAAUGUAUCCACCAUUAUCUGUUAUAACUAGAGAAUGCAGCAAACCAACUAAGCUUCUGGAUUUAGAUUUACCAGCUAAAACAUCCAUAGCUAUACCGCUAUACAACUUGCAACGUGAUCCAGAAUUUUGGAAGGACCCUAAUGAGUUCAACCCUGAUCGCUUUAUAGAAGGGACUCCUUCCUAUGAAGCUCAUAAUCCAUAUACUUUUUUCCCCUUUGGAUUGGGACCUAGACUUUGUAUUGGCAUGAAAUUGGGAAUGCUAAAAAUGAAGCUGGCAGUAGUUCACAUUUUGAAAAGAAUCACCAUUACAAAAGCAACCCCAGAGAUUUUGCACAUAAAUGACUUCAGUUCUAUUUUGCAACCUUCUGUGCCCAUUUUAAUAUACUCAGCUCCACGGCAAAGCCAUAGAGAUAAAAAAGACUUAUAGACUUUAUUUAUGAAGUAAAUGUAUCUCAAAAACAGAAGGCCUAACUGAGCCUACAAUUAUUUUUUUUUUUUGGUUAUUUGAAGAGAAUCUCAUUAUUGUAAAAAAAAACAGAUACCAUGGGAAUUUUCUUUUUAAAUUUUGUAUGUGGUUGUUCAGAUCUUAAUCUAUCCUUCACUUUCACUUUUAGACCUUUUCAUCCUGAAUUCUGUUAAACUGUACACUACCCAGUUUGCAUAUGUUAUAACAAGGGAUAGAAAUUCCUCAGGAGACCUAGUUCAUUGUUUGAUCUUGUCAUGAACUAACACAGGGGUUCUCAAUCUGUGGGUCGCGACCACUUUGGGGGUCGAUCGACGAUUUGCCAGGGGUCGCCUAAGACCAUCGAAAAUAUGGAUUGUUAUUGUCUAUUCUUCUAUUGCUGUGUUGGUGGGGGUCGCUGCAGAGUGAGGGAUUGUAAAAAGGGGUCGCCGAGCAUAAAAGGUUGAGAACCGCUGAACUAACCUAAUUAGCGAUUUAGUAUUUAUUGUGCAUGCUUAGGACUUCCUGAAGUAUGGGAACAUCUAUCCAUCCCAGUGGCACUACGGCCCAUGGAGGGUUAUGGCCUGCCUGAGCACAUCCCUCCAUUCAGAUCUCUCCUGAGCCUUUUGUCUUCAUGCCCAAACCUGAAGCUAUUGUAGAUCUGCCUCUAUAUCAUAAAUCCAUCUUAUUCAUGGUCUGACUUUACGCUGCCUGCCUUUUGGUUUGUGCAGGUAGACAAUAUUUGCUCCUAUGUUCUGACAUUCUUUCAAAGUGGCCUGCCCAACGUAGUCUGUUCUUUUUCAUUUCUGUCACUAUAUGUGUGUCCCUGAAAAUGUGUAUCACAUCCGUCCCUACUAAGUUUUAAUAUAUGUAUGCAACUGUUUGUUUCGGUAGAAAUGUCUUCGUUGAAACUCAUAUUUAAAAAUCGUUGAUUUUGUCCCAAGGAUUUUAUACCGUUGUAUGAUGUACGAUCUGGGUGACGGAUGUUUGUUCACUACUGCCUUCUGCCAUGUUUAUCCUAUAUGAACUCUCUUUUUCUCUCCGACAGAAUAUUCUUUAUGAGCAUCAUAAUUUUCCUUACCUGGGCAUUAUCAGGCACUCAUGGUUUAUACAGUUUAGGACCAGUUGGAAUAAUUUCCAAGAGUCUUCUCUUCAUCAGCAUUUGUGAUGGUGAAUACGGUAGUCCGCUUAUGGGAGUAUUUCUGUGUCAAUGAGAGCAAGAUCUGGCGCGCGAUUUUUCCAAUUUUCUUAUGUUUUUAGCUUGACGAUAUCAACAUGCACCCCACUUACCAGACUAUUUGAUUGGAUGUAUCUGAGGCUUGAUGUGGUUAUUGUAAAACCCCAUUCAGUAGCCAAUUUUCUGGACUUGUAACUGUUGAAUGGCAUGUUGUCGUUGACUGUUUCUUCUUGUAGGCUCUUGUCUAGCAAAAAUAACUUUCAGUGCGUCCGAAUAUAUAUAGUGGUGAAAAUGUAAGCUGCAAACACUAUAGUUAACAUGAGCAUCUCUGCCUGUGCACACCUGCACUCAAGUUUGUGUCAGUGAUCUGGACGUAUAAACAGCUGGUUUGGCUUCUUGCGUUAAACAUGCUCCCAAUCCUUUAGAAGAAGCGUCCACACUAAAUAGUAACUGGUUUUUCAGGGUAAACAAUUGCAAAACUUCAUUAUUUGGAAAGCAUUCCACUACCACAAUAGGGGCAGACAUCUUUCUUUGACCAUUCUCCUAACGGACUAGAAUAUGUUCGGAAUGAAACUUGACAGAAAGUUUAGCUUCCCUAACAGUUUCUGAAUUUCUUGUUGGCUCUAGUAUCUCUGUUAUGGCUUUGAUUUUAGCUGGAUCUGGACCAAUACUAUCUUCUCAAAUUUGUCUCCCGAGGUAAUUGGUAAUUAACAACAGAGAGCUUAUAUUUUAUCUUGUUGUUGAACUGUAUAUUGUUCUUUCUAGCUCUCUCCAGAACAUUUUCAAAAAGUUAUGUUCUUAACUUUUUUUGCUUCAAUCAGCAUAUCAUCUGACAUGAUGUGUACGAAUACUUGAUAAGCUAUUUUUGUACUUCACUCGCUGAAGAUAUAGGGCUAUCAAAUGACAUUCUCGGGAAUUAGCAUCUUCCAAUGCCUUAUGCUGAUCACAUGACACAAUUAUUAAUCACAAAACCAGUUGAAAUUAAAUAAUGUUUCGUUUGCACUUUAAUUAGCAUCAUUAUUUCCAGAUGUACAUAUUUAUUUACAUUUUCUCUGGACAAAUUUUAUCUAAAUAUUUUUUUAUUUUACACCUUGAGUUAACUUUUAUUCUUUUGACUGAUUUAUAUUGUUAUGAUCAUUAUAUAUUUUUUCUAUGCAGCUCAAUUUUUGUAACUAGUAUAACCAGUGGCGUCACUAGGGGGUGAGGUCCGCACCGGGUGACACCCAUUAGGGUGAAACCCAAGUGAAAAAAAAAUCACUUUCUGAAUAACAAACAAUUUAAAUUAAAAAAAAAGCGUCUGGGGCGAAAUAUUUCAUCUAAGCAUAUUUUAAUUUUUUUAAGAAAUUCUACAAAUAGUCCAAAACGUUACAUCAAACUUUAUAUUAAAAGCAAACGUGAAACCUUAUUUUCAGCUGUAUAUUAGCUGCAUGUAUAUAAACACUGCUUUAAUUUGUAACAAUGUUUUUAUCAAAUCUAUUGAAAUAGUAGCUAGAAUUGUAAUAUCAUUAUAAUAUACCAACCAAAGUAAUAUCAAGAUGCCAACCAAUAGUCACUGUUUAACAAAUGAUGACAUUCUUCGGGCAUAAAAUGUUAUUGAAAUCUCACAUGUAAUUAAUGUAAAUGCAAUUUCAGAUGUUGAAUGUAAUAGAAACUCUAGCCAAGAUGAAGGAAACGUUCCAAUGAAUCAGUUGAAUUAUAUAUUCCUCAAUAUUUUAGGUGAUAGUUCAAUCUUGUCAUGUGGCGAUUCCACAUGAAUUUCUCAGAAAUUUAUCCAGAGCAAAAGGAAAAGUACGCCAGAUGUUAACAAAUAGGCUUCUGAUGCGUCCUAUUGGGAAUGAUUUAGUCACGGAAUUGUAUGUUUUCUGUUUACUUUUUCAACUAAUUCUAUGUAAAUAGAAUACAAAUGAGUAACUUAAUUAUAUAAGUGUUUGAAAUAGUCUGAAAUUGGAAUAGGCGUAUCAAGAUUAGUCAUUAGGAUUGGAAAACAGGGGGAUCCGUCUAAAAAUGGAUGUCGUUGCUAUGAUCGAUGUAACGAAGAAAAACAAUGGAAGGAUAAAUUACA